AUGCAAAGCCAUUUGCAUCAGUGCGAAUACAGUAGUGCAUUGGAAGGGCGUUGUGUCUGCCCAUUUAGCGGCUGCAACUUCAUUGGAACAUACCGUAAAUUGUACGAUCACGCCAGCAGUGGCCAUUCUGGCGAGUUGCAGAUGAUUGAAUGUGGAGAAACAAUGCCUAUAAGCUUUGCUAAUCAUCAGAGGGUAGUUCUCAAGGAACAAAGUAGGGGAGGAGGAGAACUUAUUGUUGUGGAUCGUCUCAUCCAGCCACAUGGUGCACAUUUCAAUGUAAGAUGUAUUUCGCCUAACGUUCGUGGAAUGGGAAACUUCUCCUGGAAGCUGACGGUAUGUUUAAGAUGUACAUUGUCAUUUGAACGAUCGAUAAUCGCCAGAGCUAAUAGUGUAAGCAGCCAACUACCUCCUGAGCCUUUUGUUGUUCCUUCGUUCAUGGGUAAUGCCACUGAGCUUCUCAUAUUAAUCAAUAGGGUUGAGAGUGUUGUUUAG